AUGAAUCAUCUCGAGAACGACGAUAAGCGCGUUUCUGUGGAAGAGAAGCAGCUGAGUGCCGAAGACGACACUUCUCUUUCCAUCGCCGAACCUGCUGACGAUGGUCUUCCUCCUACCGACAAGGGAAUAGCAUGGAUAGCUAUGAUUGGAAGUACUCUUGGACUGUACACUUCGUUUGGAUACAUCAACGUUGUGGGGCUGUUCGAGGCCUAUUAUUUGCACCACCAACUGUCGCAAUAUUCGGCUUCAACCGUCUCUUGGAUCACGUCUCUUCAGGCCUUCAUCCUACUGGGAACAGGAGUUAUUACUGGUCGUCUGGUGGAGAUGUAUGGUCCUCGAAAAUUGGCUAUUGUGGGAACUGCUUUUACCGUCACCGGUAUCAUGACUACCUCCGUGUGCACCAAGUAUUGGCAUUUCAUCCUGGCCCAGGGCAUCUGCACCUCUAUUGGCAACUCGUGUGUUUACUAUGCUUCCAUUGUUUCCGUGUCCACCUGGUUCAAGAAAUACAGAGCUACAGCUAUGGGAGUGGUGGUGGCAGGAAGCAGUAUUGGAGGCCUGACUCUCCCGUUUGUCUUCUCCAACUUGCAACCUCGAAUCGGCUUUCCCCAGACAGUCAGGGCCAUUGGUUUCAUCAUGUUGGGGGCCUGUGUGAUCUGUUGUGUCACCAUCAGUUCUCGAAUUCCCCCCAACAAGGAGCUUCAGAAGAAAUUCUUUGACUUUAAGACGGAGGUGAAGCAGCCGCUGACUUCGCUUUCCUUUUGUCUCAUGGUCUUUGCACUCUUUUUUUCCUACUGGGGACUUUUAGGAACCAUGGGAUACCUCUCCACUCACGCUAUUGCACAUGGAGUGAGCCAGAAGACUGCUUUCUACAUCAUUUCCAUCUACAACGCAGCUUCCAUUGUGGGUCGAAUUGGCCCUGGAUUUGCUGCUGACAAGUUUGGCACCUACAACCUCCAUGCUGCUUCUUGUUUUCUCUGUGGUAUUCUGAUUCUUGCCUGGUGGAUUCCAGCAAAGUCGAACGGCACCAUUCUCUCGUUUGCCGGAGUCUUUGGCUUUGCUACUGGUCCCUACACGUCCCUGUUUGCCAACCUGGUUGCCGAUAUCACUCCUCCUGCUGAGAUUGGACGACGACUGGGCGUGGUGACCUUUUUUGUGUCCAUUGCUGCCCUCACAUCGAUGCCUAUCGCCGGAGCUACGCUGGACAAGGAGCAUACCAAGUUUAUUGGACUCCAGGUGUUUGCUGGUGUUACCAUGUUGGUGGGAGGAUGUUUUGUCCUUGCUAGUAAGCUGGCUGCCGGCAAGGGAUGGUUGGAGAAGUUCUAG